GAUUUGCGUAAACCUUUUCUUUCUUUCCGUAACACCAUUGUUAAAAACUUCAGUCUUUUCCCACCUAACAAAACCUUAAACCCUAAACCCCAAAUCCACACCAUGAACCCCUUCAACUUUCCCAGAAUUUUUAGUAUCAUCCAAAUGAAACCCACAUUGUUGAAUUCAAACCCAUCAUCGAUUUCAUCUUUUCUUUACAAAAGAUUAAUACUUUCUGUCAUUUUCACAAGACCCAUGUCAAAAAAAUCCACUUCAAUCCCUAAAAAACAGCAAAGAAUUAAAGACUAUGGUUUUGAUAAUUAUAUGGAGGUCGAGAAGAAAAUCAGAAAAGUUCUCAAAUUUCAGGAUUUAAUCCUCACUCAACCCCAUCAAUGUAUUCCUGUCUCUCGUCUUGACUUUCUUGCUCGUCGAAUCGGGUUCAAAAGAGAUGAAUCAGGCAAUUUUGUUCUUAAAUUACCUAAAAUUUUUGAAAUUUAUGAGCACCCAGUUCAAAGAAUUCUUUAUUUAAGAUUUACUAGAAAUGCCCUUUUACAAAUUGAUCAAGAAAAGCAUGCCAUUGAUGCUCAAUUACUUGAUGCUGUAACUAGGAUUAGAAAGCUUUUAAUGCUAUCGAAUACGGGUCGUGUUUAUGUUGAACAUAUUAGAAUCGCUCGUAGAGAUUUAGGGUUACCAGAGGAUUUUGAGUAUUCUGUGCUGCUCAAAUAUCCUCAGUAUUUUAAGUUGUUUGAUGCAAAAGAUAGUAUGAGUAAGUACAUUGAGAUUGUAGAAAAAGACCCUAAAUUGACUGUUUGUGCUGUUGAUAAAAUUAGGGAGAUUGAGUAUAGAAAAAAGGGUAUGGAUGAAGAAGAUAUGAGGUUUUCAUUUGUUGUAAAUUUCCCACCUGGGUUUAGGAUUGAUAAGUAUUAUAAGAUUGCAAUGUGGAAGUGGCAACGCUUGCCUUAUUGGUCGCCUUAUGAGGAUGUUUCGGGCCAUGAUAUGAGAUCGCUCGAGGCUCAGAAUAGGAUGGAGAAACGGGCUGUGGCGAUUAUUCAUGAACUGUUAUCAUUGACUGUUGAAAAGAAGAUUACCCUUGAGAGGAUUGCUAAUUUUAGAGGUACCAUGGACUUGCCUAAGAAACUUAAGGAUUUUCUUUUACAGCAUCAGGGGAUAUUUUACAUUUCGACGAGGGGGAAUGAAGGGAAGCUUCAUACGGUUUUUUUGAGGGAGGCGUAUAAGAAGGGAGAAUUGAUUGAGCCAAAUGAUGUUUACUUGGCUCGGAGAAAGUUGGCUGAAUUAGUUAUGGUGAGCCCGAGAAUGACUUCUCAGGGAAGAGACUUGGUCAGUUAUACAAGGCCUUGGGAAGAUAUAGGAGUGAAUCAUAAAUGCAAGGGAAAUGACGGUGGAAGUUUUAGAGUUGAUGGGGAGAUAAGAAAAAAGGCCGAUGAUACUGAUGAUAAUGAUAGUGAUGAUGGUAAUGAUGUAAUAUCGCAGGGUAAGGAUGCAACAUUGAAGUCGGGUUGAGAUAGUGACGUGGGAUUAAGUUCCUUUGAAGAAGAAGAUGGUGAUGAUGCCAUUCAUGUUAAGGACACUCAAGCUUCCAAGUGAACGGAAAUGAUAUAAGGCGAGCCAUUUAUUUGCUUGGCUGGUGCUCGGCUGUCUUUUGUCUGAGAAAAUUCUGUGAGAACUGACAAUCUUGUUGGAAAGUUUUCUUAUGGUAAGUACUUCUCUGGAAACAGGACAUUAUGCUUGUAUCUUAAUAUAUACUACCUCAUUUUUUUUUUAUUACUUACACUUUACCUUAAUGUGAGAGCUUUGUGAGCCAAGUGUAGCUAUUCAGGAAAAAUGGUGUAUGUCCAAUCCAUGUCAAGCAUGGUAUCAAGUGAAAGUAGCAGAUUUCUGUCUAAUUUUACUUUAGUCUAAAAUAUUUACCGAAUUUGACGACAAAUUUGAGGCAUCCAUUUUGGAAAGAGCAUUUGAUGCUUGAUUUAAGAUCCGGGAAAUAAAGAUAGCUUUUCCUUCUCUUCGAAUAACCUGCAUUGUGCCUCAUACUUCCUAAGUCUAAAGAACUAUAUUAGAAAGACACCAACGGUGUGUUACACUUAUAGACAUAAAGGUUUAUGCACCCUCAGUCCUCGGAGUCUCAGACAUUCAUGAAUCAAUAUAUGUACAAUACCAGCCCUUUACAUAAAUUUGUCUUGUAUUUUACAUCAUCUGGAAUAACAAAUCCUUUUUUUCUUGUGUUUCUUUUGUGAUAUGUCUAUGCGUUCAAUGUUAGCGUCCCGUUUAUUCAUAAUUUAGAUGCAAAACCUAUGUGUAAUGGCUAUGAAUUAACUAUUCACCAUUCCUGUUGGACUAAGACGUUUAGUCUUUAGAACGGUAAGUGUUUGUCGGUCAUAUGCUUUCCCGAUCUAGUUUUGUACUUGUCAGCUUGGCCUCUUUGGGAUCUGAUGUCCAAACUAUCAUAAAAGAGUUUUUCUUGGUGCCAAUUUAUUGCAAAUUGCAUAGUAAAGUGAAAUUAUCCAUUAUAUGGUCUAAUAAUGAUUGUUGUAUUAUAAACUUAAUGAGAGACUAUAAUGAUACUUGUGAGGGUUUUUUCACAUCGACCCUCCAUUUGCUGGUGCAUAUAUACAAGAUCAAGUAUUUUGGGUUUUGUUGAGUGCAAAUUCAUGAUAUUAUGACAAAUUUUCAAUUACUCGGUCUUUCGAGGAAUUACUGGGAGCAUUGCUUGUCUAGUUACAAAGAGACAAAGAAGGGUUAUACUACGAUCAUGCAUUCGAGGAAAUAAGGAACUGCAGUACUGAUGUGAGGGGUUGCGGGCUCCAACUACGUGUCCAACGCGCUCUCUAUCUUUGCUCUACAUGCUAUAUUUUAUCAAAGGCGGUAAGCCCACCGGGAUCCAUUCCCUGUCCACUUUCCAGACACGGGAUUGUGUCUUUUGCUAUACUUCCGGCUUCUUCAAGAAAGAAAUAAAACUACCUGCAGUUCUGAUCGAUCAACAGCCUCUUCUACUCCUUAUAUACGGAAGGACAGAGUAGCUUCAGUUUCUUCUGAUAUGCUCUGCCCCAUUUCCUGCAAUCCCCUUAUGGAAUUGCAACGAAGGCCCUUGCCCCUCUUUCGAACUCCGAGAUAUGGAGAGAGCUGACAAAUCUUCUCGGCUAUCACAAGGGACAGUCGAGUCAGAUAAAAUGGGCGGUCCGAGACUCGAUGGAACAAGUUCUAGCGUGUUAUGGGGAAGGAGUUGCAGCAGAGAGCAUAGGUUCAAUGCUGAGAUUAAUGCUCAAGUAAUUUAGACAUUUAUUGGAUGAUCGAUUCCGAGUUUCUCAAUCAGCCACCCUUGAUUUAUUUAUUCCAGUGUUACAUGAAUCGAUAUCUCCUUGUUAAUUGCCAAUCAAAAAAAUGAUUUAUGAUUGAUUU